AUGCGGCUCACUAUCAUAAUGCCGAGCCGCAGUGGCUUCCGCCUUGACGUACCGCGUCUGCUGAUGCUCAUAAGGCCCAAGGGACCUCUGCCUUGUCAAAACGCGUCUGCUGCUGACUUGGCGGUACCGCGUCUGCUGCUCACUUGGCAUACCGCAUCUGACGCUGCUGCCUUGGCGUACCGCACCCACCUUUCCUUGAGGCCUGUCUUUAAACUAGGGAGCCGUGGCUUUCGUAGUCUUAGCGCGGUGAACAAUGUUCCGGUGACGACUGAACAGGCAACGACUGAACAGGCGCCUGCCAACAACGACACCAGCGGCCACGCGCCACUACCGCGGACCUCCAGCCUGCAGAUGAACGCAGCUGUUCCAGUGGCUGGCGCUUAUGCAUCACCUGCUGCGUAUGGCACACGUAGCACAAGCGCGCGCCGUGGGGCAAUCACCAACGCCACGGCUGUUGGUGGUUCCCCUCAGCAGGCGGGGCAGCGUCAGCAAUCGGCCGCCACUGGUGGUCGUUCCUCGCAGCAGGCACGGCAGCCCCUUCCUACCGCCGCCGCUGCUGGUCGUUCACUGCAGCAGGGGGGUGUGCAUCACUCCUCCGCCUCUGCUGACGGUGCAUCACAGCUGCAGGGUUCUCCUCCCCUUCCUACCGCCGCCGCUGCUGGCUUCUCGCAUCAGCAGGAGCCGCUGCAUCACUCCUCUGCCACUUGUGCCGGUGCAUCACAGCUGCAGGGUUCUCCUCCCCUUCCUACCGCCGCUGCUGCUGGCUACUCGCAUCAGCAGGAGCUGAUGCAUCACUCCUCUGCCGCUGCUGCCGGUGCUUCACAGCUGCAGGGUCCUCCUCCCCUUCCUACCGCCGCCGCUGCUGGUCGUUCACUGCAGCAGGGGGGUGUGCAUCACUCCUCCGCCUCUGCUGACGGUGCAUCACAGCUGCAGGGUUCUCCUCCCCUUCCUACCGCCGCCGUUGCUGGCUUCUCGCAUCAGCAGGAGCCGCUGCAUCACUCCUCUGCCACUUGUGCCGGUGCAUCACAGCUGCAGGGUUCUCCUCCCCUUCCUACCGCCGCUGCUGCUGGCUACUCGCAUCAGCAGGAGCUGAUGCAUCACUCCUCUGCCGCUGCUGCCGGUGCUUCACAGCUGCAGGGUCCUCCUCCCCUUCCUACCGCCGCCGCUGCUAGUCGUUCACUGCAGCAGGGGGGUGUGCAUCACUCCUCCGCCUCUGCUGACGGUGCAUCACAGCUGCAGGGUUCUCCUCCCCUUCCUACCGCCGCCGCUGCUGGCUUCUCGCAUCAGCAGGAGCCGCUGCAUCACUCCUCUGCCACUUGUGCCGGUGCAUCACAGCUGCAGGGUUCUCCUCCCCUUCCUACCGCCGCUGCUGCUGGCUACUCGCAUCAGCAGGAGCUGAUGCAUCACUCCUCUGCCGCUGCUGCCGGUGCUUCACAGCUGCAGGGUCCUCCUCCCCUUCCUACCGCCGCCGCUGCUGGUCGUUCACUGCAGCAGGGGGGUGUGCAUCACUCCUCCGCCUCUGCUGACGGUGCAUCACAGCUGCAGGGUCCACCUCCCCUUCCUACCGCCGCUACUGCUGGCUACUCGCAUCAGCAGGAGCUGAUGCAUCACUCCUCUGCCGCUGCUGACGGUGCUUCACAGCUGCAGGGUUCUCCUCCCCUUCAUACCGCCGCCGCUGCUGGAUACUCGAGUCAGCAGGAGCUGCUGCAUCACUCCUCUGCCGCUGCUGCCGGUGCCUCACAGCUGCAGGGUUCUCCUCCCCGUCCUACCGCCGCCGCUGUUGGAUACUCGAGUCAGCAGGAGCCGCUGCAUCACUCCUCUGCCGCUGCUGCCGGUGCCUCACAGCUGCAGGGUUCUCCUCCCCUUCCUACCGCCGCCGCUGCUGGAUACUCGAGUCAGCAGGAGCCGCUGCAUCACUCCUCUGCCGCUGCUGCCGGUGCUUCACUGCUGCAGGGUCCUCCUCCCCUUCCUACCCCCGCCGCUGCUGGCUACUCGCCUCAGCAGGAGGACCUGCAUCUGCCUACCGCUGCCUCUGCUUUUGAUAUCUGGCUGCAGGGACCUCCUCCCCUUCCUACCACCGCUGAUGCUGGUUUCGCUGCUGAGCAGGGGGGAAUGCAUCAGUUUACAGCUGCCGCUGAUCCUGGGUGCGUCUCGCAUGAACCUCAGCCUCUUGCCUCCGCUGCAGCAGCUGGUCAGUACACUCAACAGGGUAGUAACCAGUACACAACAAAUGCCGCCACCGUAGCAGCUCCAUUCGACAAUAGCCAGCCGCCCAGCAGGCCUAUCAGCCCUCCCUCUGCCCAUCGUAUGGAGGGAAUGGCAACUGAGGAUGGUCCAUCCUCUCCAUUUGCGCUGCCGAACCAUACUAGAGUACCUACAAGGGGGGUAGUGGCAAACCCUGCACCGGAAAGAGAGCCUGUUUAUGUGGCCGCCUUCCAGACUCACCUCGGGGAAACUUUGGGCCCAGCACCACCCACGGGAGACGGUGCUGCUGUUGGAAGGGCAGAGUUCGAUGCCAUGAUGGCGGAGGUUAGACGGCUGCAACGUGAGAACCUGACCUUGCAGAAUCAGGUUGCAGCAUACGGUCGUUCACAAUCACCAUCCCCGUCAUCAUCUUCCGAUGAUGACGACGAACAUGCAUCCCCCCGAGCACCACCCUCCCAACCCCUAGGUGUCCCGGCUCAGAGGGCGCAGCCGCAAGUGAUCCUUGCCAACCGGCGUACUGUGGGAACAGCAGUUGGCGAGGCACACAACAUGGGCAUCGCUCCGGACUACAACACAAUUGCGCCGGAUCUCGAACCGUUCGCGACAAAGUUGGCCGCAGCCAUGAAGACGAUUCCACCUGCUAAUGGUGGCUUGUAUGUGCGCAUUGGAGGUGGUGCAGGGCUGCCACCUCACCUCUGUGGGCUAUGCAUUGGCUGGGGCCUCCUCUCUGUAGUGCCCCUACUAAUGGUUCCCCCCCCUUGUGUUUUUCCCCCCAUCGUUUGUCUCUGCAGGUGCUCAUUGGAGGUGGUGCAGGGAUGCCACUUCACCUCUGUGCACAUUGGAGGUGGUGCAGGGCUGCCACUUCACCUCUGUGGGCUAUGCAUUGGCUGGGGCCUCCUCUCUGUAGUGCCCCUACUAAUGGUUCCCCCCCGUGUGUUUUUCCCCCCAUCGUUUGUCUCUGCAGUGCGCAUUGGAGAUGGUGCAGGGCUGCCACUUCACCUCUGUGGGCUAUGCAUUGGCUGGGGCCUCCUCUCUGUAGUGCCCCUACUCAUGGCUCCCCCCCCUUGUGUUUUUCCACCCAUCGUUUGUCUCUGCAGGUGCGCAUUGGAGGUGGUGCAGGGAUGCCACUUCACCUCUGUGGGCUAUGCAUUGGCUGGGGCCUCCUCUCUGUGGUGCCCCUACUCAUGGCUCCCCCCCCUUGUGUUUUUCCCCCCAUCGUUUGUCUCUGCAGGUGCGCAUUGGAGGUGCGCAUUGGAGGUGGUGCAGGGCUGCCACUUCACCUCUGUGCGCAUUGGAGGUGGUGCAGGGCUGCCACUUCACCUCUGUGGGCUAUGCAUUGGCUGGGGCCUCCUCUCUGUAGUGCCCCUACUAAUGGUUCCCCCCCGUGUGUUUUUCCCCCCAUCGUUUGUGCGCAUUGGAGGUGGUGCAGGGCUGCCACUUCACCUCUGUGGGCUAUGCAUUGGCUGGGGCCUCCUCUCUGUAGUGCGCCUACUACUGGUUCCCCCCCGUGUGUUUUUCCCCCCAUCGUUUGUCUCUGCAGGUGCCCUCACAAGGUGCUCAUUGGAGGUGGUGCAGGGAUGCCACUUCACCUCUGUGCGCAUUGGAGGUGGUGCAGGGAUGCCACUUCACCUCUGUGGGCUAUGCAUUGGCUGGGGCCUCCUCUCUGUAGUGCCCCUACUCAUGGCUCCCCCCCCUUGUGUUUUUCCCCCCAUCGUUUGUCUCUGCAGGUGCGCAUUGGAGAUGGUGCGCAUUGGAGGUGGUGCAGGGCUGCCACUUCACCUCUGUGGGCUAUGCAUUGGCUGGGGCCUCCUUUCUGUGCGCAUUGGAGGUGGUGCAGGGCUGCCACUUCACCUCUGUGGGCUAUGCAUUGGCUGGGGCCUCCUCUCUGUAGUGCCCCUACUCAUGGCUCCCCCCCCUUGUGUUUUUCCCCCCAUCGUUUGUCUCUGCAGUGCCCCUACUAAUGGUUCCCCCCCGUGUGUUUUCCCCGCCAUCGUUUGUCUCUGCAAGUGCGCAUUGGAGGUGGUGCAGGGAUGCCACUUCACCUCUGUGCGCAUUGGAGGUGGUGCAGGGCUGCCACUUCACCUCUGUGGGCUAUGCAUUGGCUGGGGCCUCCUCUCUGUAGUGCCCCUACUCAUGGCUUCCCCCCCUUGUGUUUUUCCCCCAUCGUUUGUCUCUGCAGUGCGCAUUGGAGGUGGUGCAGGGCUGCCACUUCACCUCUGUGGGCUAUGCAUUGGCUGGGGCCUCCUCUCUGUAGUGCCCCUACUCAUGGCUCCCCCCCCUUGUGUUUUUCCCCCCAUCGUUUGUCUCUGCAGGUGCGCAUUGGAGGUGGUGCAGGGCUGCAUCCUCACUUCUAUGGGCUACGCAUUGGUGCGCCUUGUAGUGAAUGGGUCAUUCGGACUACUGACGUGGCAUGUGAACCGCCGUGGUGUGCCGUUUGCGACAGCGGUUUUUGUCCGAAGCAUCGCUGCGUCGUUUGCUCGUCCAGGGCACUCGGUGGUGGUGCUGAAAGUGAUUCAUAUCGCAUUUUGGCUGUUCGGGACUCGAAUCUCUGGCGGUUGGCACGCCGGGGAAGGUAGCAGGCGCAUAGUAAGGGGCGCAGAGAGCGGAGCAGGGGGAGUAGCGAGUGACGGUCGAGGAGGGGAAGGAGCAGGCGGACGAGCGGACACACGAAGGGGAAAAGAGGUGCAGGAGAGGGCGGAAGGCGCAAGAUCAACACGGGAGAUGGCAGACGCAGAGGCUGAUGCGCGUGCGUUUGCUGCAGCAGAGGAGGCUGCAGCUGCCGCCACUGGCUCUGCUGCCAGUGGCCCUACAGGGAGUCACGCGGAGGAGGAGGAGGAAGCGCCUGUGUCACCGCGGUCCCCAACGCCACUGCCAACAGCGCAUGUGGAGGUGGAGGAGGCGGAGGUGGCAUCGAAGCAGGAGCUGGUGGCCCUGCUGAAGCAGCACGAGGCCACGCGCACCAAUGUGUUCCUGCUCUUCCUCGCAGACCACGUGCCCUCCACUAACCGCUCCUGGUGCCCUGCUGCCUCCUCUCCCCUGCUCUACACUCCACUGCCCAACUUUCCUCCACCCUUCUCUCCCCACCCUUUCCCCCCCUCCCCUCCCCCCCUCCCCUUCCCCCUUCCCGUUCUUCCACUCGCCUUCUCCCCUCGCCCUCGGUGUGUGCCAGACUGUCGCAAGUCGGAGCCAGUGGUAGCCACAGCAGUCGCCACUCUACGCAGCAACCCCAUCACAGCGCCAGGCCCAGUCCCCACGGCACUACUGGUGCGCGUGUGGGCGGGGGAUCGCCCCACCUGGAAGAGCCCGCUCAACCCCUUCCGCUCGCCCCCGUUUGCUGUCCGGGGCGUGCCCACGCUCAUGCACUGGGACUGGGCGGCCGCUCCUGCUGCUCCUCAUCAAGCUGCCCUGCCUGCUGCAGCUGAUGCAUCGGCUUUGCCUGCUGCUGGUGAUAGUGGUGGUGGGGGGGAUGGGGGGGUGCAGGGUGCGCCGGGGAGGCAGCUAGGGGAGUAUGAGACGCGCAAGGUGCGGCUGGUGAUGGAGCUCAUGGUGCACGCAGGGCAGUGA